ACGCGCAUUCUCCCAGUCCUAUAUAGUUAAUGUCGUCCCUGAUCCUUUCCUAGUUGUAACCUCUUACCUGUCUAAUAUAGCAUUUUAUCUGUCGUUAACACCCCUAUAAAUCUCAUUAUAUCCAACUCUGUCCCCUAUCUCUUGCGUCUAGUACUUUUGCUUCUCUCUCGAGGUUGAUUUAGCGUCAGUCUACCAAACUCCGGGAAAAGUCCGAUCAUGAGUUAUUACGAUCAGGGCCAUCCUCCCGUCGGCGUUCCUCCUCCACAAGGUUAUCCGCCUAAGGAUGCUUACCCGCCGCCGGGUUACCCCCCGCAGGGGUACCCUCAAGGAGGCUAUCCUCCGCAGCAGGGAUAUCCGCCGCAGCAGGGGUAUCCGCCGCCGCAGUAUGCUCCCCAGUACGGUGCUCCUCCGCCGCAGCAAAAGCAGUCCAGUGGCGUCGGCUGCAUGGAAGGAUGUUUGGCUGCGCUGUGCUGUUGCUGUGUUCUAGAAGCAUGCUUUUGAUCGACGGGCCGCCGGCGCAUCAUGGCCGUGAGAUUGUUUCUAUCGUAUGAUUGAGAAGUGCCAUAGUAGUUAGCAUUUACUUUUGUAUUCUGUCAUUUGAUAAAUAAUUUGGACCGCCGUUUCAAGACAACCUUAUAGCUCGCUGUACUUAAUGGAUUAUUGCUUCAAAAGUGUUUAUUUCUAAUUAAA